CAGCGAUCGAAAGCCAGAGGGGUUAUUUUGCUUCCCUCAACACAAAAGGCACUUUUCUCUCUCUCGGUGUCGGUGUGUGCGGACGCGUUUUCUGGCUGCGAAGACGUGCUAACAACAAACCGUAGUGUAGAGUGAUUUUGGCGCAAGGAGCAGUGUUCGCCGCCCUGCGCGUUGGUGUGGUUGUGUAGAACGUGUGCGUGUGUGUGUAGAACCCAACAAUAAACCAACGGCAAAAAGUGUUCGGGGGGUGAGGUGUACCAAAGUGCAACAAACGCGAAAGAAUCGACUCAUUUCGCCUACUAUUACCCUACGUUCUUUCGUGUGAGUGUGCUUGUCGGUGUGCGUGUGUGUGUGUUCAGUGUUUUGUGUCAGCUGUCAGGUUUUAAAGCAGGCGCCUGGCGGGUCCGCUUAGCGUGAACAGCGACGCGAAAUUGGAUUGUGGCGUCGCGUAAACAGUGCUGAGACCACAGAGACGCACAUACACGUGUGAGUGUGUGUGUGUGUAUACGCACAUACAGAGAGCAACGCCGUUCGUCAUCACCUCCUCCUCGUGGUCGCCGCCGUCAACCAUAAAAGACAUUUCACCUCAUCUAUCUUCCGUGUUUUGCCCCUGAACCGAUCCAAUGGUACAGCAGUGCAGCAGUGGUAAGCCACCGUCACGGUGGUGGCGGUUGUCCUAAUGUCCUGCCGGAGGGAUAACGCCACCGCCAUUCGGCGGUUCCUAACGCUUCAGGAGCCGAAAGCGAACCACUUUCGUCGUCCCGAAUGUCGAUGUAACCAGCACAGUCCAGCACCGAUAUUAUUGCACACGAGCGAAAGUGGGACGAAAUAAGCAGGAGAGGAGUAGAAUAAAAUUAUUGUAGCGAAAUUUCGGUGUGCACGAGUCGAAUGGAAGAAAAGUAGCUCUCGAGGCUUAGAUAGGUUUAUAAACAAUCUAUCCCUGCGUUAUUAAGCUAUAUAGAGCGCAUCAUAUACACACACACACAAACACAAACCCAGCGCAUUCGAUUGCGAAGUUCGGAACAGAAUUUCUAGGCCGAAACAAGAAAUCAACAAACUGCGCGCAGUGCGAUGGCUUCCGAUCAGAAGGAUGUCCUCGCGGGACUUAACCUUUCCAAGCUGUCAGUACAAUCGCCUGCGGCCCGCCUGAAAGAGCUGGAAAGCCUUAUCCUCGACCAGGUCACCGGUAGCAGCGGUACAAACAACAACUUCAGCAGCAAUGGCAGCAACGGAACGACCACCGCGAACAACACCACCACCACCACCAGCAGCCCGCUGUUUGGUACGAUCCUUAGCGGGGUGGUGGCCGCCGCCGGUCUGUCGGCGGAAAAGUUCCUGUCGGUGGAAACGAUGCUCGACUGUCUGGUGGUGCUGUACGACGAGUGCUGCAAUUCGUCACUGCGCCGCGAGAAGACCGUGUCGGACUUUAUCGAGCUGAUGAAGUCGGUCGUGCAGAGCGUGAAGCAGCUGCGGCUGUCCCGGGACGACUUUGAGGUGCUGAAGGUGAUCGGACGCGGCGCGUUCGGCGAGGUGUGCGUCGUGCGGAUGCAUCACACUAGUCAGAUCUAUGCGAUGAAGAUACUGAACAAAUGGGAAAUGUUGAAGCGUGCCGAAACGGCCUGCUUCCGGGAAGAGCGCGAUGUGCUGGUCUUCGGUGACCGGCGAUGGAUAACGAAUCUACAUUACGCUUUCCAGGAUGACAUCAAUUUGUACCUCAUAAUGGAUUACUACUGUGGUGGUGAUUUGCUGACGUUGCUGAGCAAGUUCGAGGACCGGCUGCCGGAAGACAUGGCCCGGUUCUACAUCGCCGAAAUGGUACUAGCGAUACACAGUAUCCACGAGCUGAAGUACGUGCACCGGGACAUCAAGCCGGACAACAUCGUGCUCGAUGCGAGCGGCCACGUACGGUUGGCCGACUUCGGCUCGUGCUUGCGGCUCGGCCCGCAAGGCACGGUACAGUCGAACGUUGCCGUCGGCACGCCCGACUACAUCUCGCCCGAGAUACUGCGCGCGAUGGAGGACGGCCAGGGUAAGUACGGGCCCGAGUGUGACUGGUGGUCGCUCGGCGUCUGCAUGUACGAGAUGCUGUUCGGCGAGACGCCGUUCUACGCGGAAAGUCUGGUGGAAACGUACGGCAAAAUAAUGAACCACAAAAACUCGUUCGACUUCCCGAACGACGACGACGAGUUCGGGGUGAGCGAGCAGGCCAAGGAUCUGAUCCGGCGGCUGAUCUGCGCCCCGGAGUACCGGCUCGGCCAGAACGGUAUCGACGAUUUCAAGGCGCACCCGUGGUUCGAGGGCAUCAGCUGGGACACGAUACGGAACGGGCAGGCACCGUACAUCCCGGAGGUUUCUAGUCCAACCGACACGUCCAACUUCGACGUGGACGACACGGACAUCAAGCUGUCCGAUGCGGUGCCGCCCACGACGAACCCUGCCUUCUCCGGGCACCAUCUGCCGUUCGUGGGCUUCACGUUCACCAAGGACAGCUCGCUGUCGGACGUGGGCCGACUGUCGCGUGCCAUCACGAGUACGAACAGCGCCAGCCAACCGUUGCCACCGUUGAAGCUGGAAAAGCACGGCUCGGAGGAGAAGCAACGCCUCAGCCCGGACAGCACGCGGAAGCUGCAGGACGAAAUCAACAUCCUGACCAAGCGCAACUGCGAGCUGGAGAGCCAGAUCAAGAGCUUCGAGCGGGUCGGUGCCAUGUCGGUGGGGACGGCCGCCGCCGGCGACUCGGUCGACGGCCAGGUCGACGCAAAGAUCAAGGAGAACGAAAAGAUGAUCCGUCUGCUGCGGCAGGAGAAGGAAGACCUGGCGAAGGAGCACCAGGACGCGCUCGAUCGGCUAAAGCAGCAGGACAAGGAGCUGAAGGAUGCGCUGGAGCAGCGCAAACUGGCGAUGGCCGAGUACACGGAGGUCACGGACAAGCUUUCCGAUCUGCGCCAGCAGAAGCAGAAGCUCUCGCGGCAGGUACGCGACAAGGAGGAGGAGCUGGAGGUGACGAUGCAGAAGGUGGACACGCUGCGCAGCGAGCUGCGCAAGACGGACAAGCUGCGCCGGGAGCAGGACGCUCGCAUACAGGAUCUGAUCUCGGAGCUGAACCGGGAGCGGCAGCAGCGUGAGCGGUCGGAGGAGUGCUACCGGCAGCUGCAGAUGGAGGCGCGCAGCCGCAGCUCGUCCGAGCUCGGCUCGUCCAACUCGCUCGGCAUCUCGUCGUCCGAUUCGAUCCGGCUCGAGAUCGACCGGCUGGAGGUGGAGUACAGCGAGAAGAUCAAUCAGCAGCAGACCCGCUACAACAUCGAAAUAUCGGCCCUAAGGGACCAGCUGAACGAGGCGGACAACCAUCGGGAGAUGCUGCAGCGCGAGCUGCAGCAGGCGCGCGAAAAGCUCGACUCGAGCCGGCUCGAAUCGCUCACCGACUCGGAGGAAACGAUUCUCGAGCUGCGCAAGCGGCACGAGCGCGAGAAGAAGAUCCUGCUCGACGAUAACCGCAAGCUGAUCACCGAUCUCGAGAUGAUCAGCGAGUCUAACCGCCGUCUGACGGCCGAACGGCUGCAAAUGGAAAGCGAAUAUGAGGACCUAAGAAAUAGACGCCAAGCAUUCAGCCAAUGGGAACGUCAGAUAGCGGAGAUCAUUCAGUGGGUAUCGGACGAGAAGGAUGCGCGCGGUUACCUUCAGGCGCUCGCGACCAAGAUGACCGAGGAGCUCGAGUACCUGAAGCACACCGGGCCGCUCAACCACAAUGCGAGCGACAACAAGAACUGGCGCAACCGUCGGUCGCAGAAGCUCGACAAGAUGGAACUGCUCAAUCUGCAGAGCUCGCUGCAGAACGAAAUCCAGGCGAAGGCUGUCAUUUCGGAAGAGCUUACGCGCACCAGAACUGAUCUCGUGGCGGCUCAAAAGGACCUGCGAGAGACGCGCCAGAUCUGCGAAUCGAUUGGCAGUGAGCUGAAGCGCAAGGAAAGCGUGAUCAAGGAACUACAGCAGCGGCUUGAAUCCAACGAAGGAUUCCUCGAGAGGCCCUCGUCGCAGAUGUCCUAUCUGGAUCACUUUUUGAAGGAGUCUGGAGGCGUUGGAAGCGGUGGUGGCGGCAGCGGCGGUGGCGGUGGCGGCUCCAGCUCAACGACGCACACCAACUCAACGUUGGCCAUCAACAUGCCACCAGCAACGGCAACCGGAUCGAGCAGUAGCACUGUUGCACCGCACCGCAAAAGCAGUAGCGGUAGCCAGCACGUAAACACUUCCACCAGUUCCUCCUCGAACAAUCUCACCUCCACGAAUGCACCGCACCUGAACCAAACCCAUAAUCAAAGCCUUUCCUCACUACACACACAACAAUUACACCACCAACAGGUGCACCAGCAGCAGCAGCAGAGCCCGGCGCAAACGCAACCGAUACAGCAAGCCCACCACACGUACAGCAAUCAGCAGCAGUUGCUGCAACAGCAGCAGCAGCAACAGCAACAGCAGCAGCAACAGGAACAACAGGCACAACAGCCAUCGAUGCACCAUUCGAACUACUCGAUGGAAAGCGAAGAUGGAGACGUGGAGGAUAACAACCGGGGACAUUCGCUGUCCAGCUCGAAGAGCAAUCUGAGCGAUCACUCGCUGAGCAUGCACAGCGUGAUGAUGUCCCACCAGCAGGACUUGCAUCCCCAUCGGCAGCAGAAAGCGAAGGUGCACCAGUUCCUCGUGCGGACGUUCUCCAGCCCGACCAAGUGCAACCACUGCACCUCGCUGAUGGUGGGCCUGACACGCCAGGGUGUCGUGUGCGAGCUGUGCGGCUUCGCCUGUCACAUGAUCUGCUGCCCGAAGGUGCCGACCCAGUGUCCGGUGCCGUCCGAUCAGACGAAGCGUCCGCUCGGUAUCGAUCCAACACGCGGCAUCGGUACGGCGUACGAGGGCUACGUGAAGGUGCCGAAGCUGGGCGGCGUCAAGCGCGGCUGGGUGCGCCAGUUCGUCGUGGUGUGCGAUUUCAAGCUAUUCCUGUACGACAUCUCCGCUGAUCGCAGUGCGCUGCCGAGCGUUCAUGUAACACAGGUGCUGGAUAUGCGUGAUCCCGAGUUUACGGUUUCCGGUGUGCGCGAGAGUGACGUCAUCCAUGCGACGAAGAAGGAUGUGCCGUGCAUAUUUAGAAUCACGACCUCCCUGCUCGACGGGGGUCCUUCCCUGCAAACGCUGAUGCUUGCCGACACCGAGUCGGAGAAGGCAAAGUGGGUCGUGGCGCUCAGCGAGCUGCACCGCAUACUGAAGCGCAACAAUCUGCCGAACACGGCCAUGUUCCGUGUGCGCGAGGUGCUCGACAGCACGGUGUCGGCGAUCCGCAAUGCGCUGAGCGCACUGAUUAUCGACCCCGAGCGCAUACUGCUCGGUACGGAGGAUGGGCUGUUCUGUCUCGAUCUCGAUCGCAGCCAGAUAGCGCGCAUCGGCGAAAGCAAGAAGGUGUACCAGCUGUGGUACAUCGCCGAGGAGCAGCUGCUGGUGAUACUGUGCGGCAAGCAGCGGCAUCUGCGCCUGUUACCAAUACGUGCCCUCGAGACGGUCGACGUGGAGUGGAUCAAGGUGGCGGAGUCGAAGAACUGCAUCACGGCCUGCACCGGCAUCAUCGAGCGCGGCCCGCAGCCGGUGUUCUGCAUUGUGCUGGCGUUGAAGCGCCAGAACACUUCCCAGAUUGUGGUGUACGUGGUGAACCGGGACCGUAGCCGGCAUCACAAGAUGUGCGAGUUCACGGUAGCGUACCCGGUGCAGAGCCUGCAGGUGCUGUCCGAUAUGCGGCUGGCCGUUGGUCACCAGAGUGGGUUCACCGCCUACUGUCUGCAGGGUGCGGCCAAAGCGAUGCCUUUAGUGCACCCGGAGAAUCAAUUGAACAAUUUCCUCAACUUUUCCGGCGUCGAUGCGUGGCGAGUAAUUGAGAUUCAGUCCGGUCACGGUGGCAAUGUGCAUGGCGAAUACUUGCUCGUGUUUCAAACGCUCGCGAUCUACGUUGAUCUGCAGGGACGCAAAUCGCGUGACCGUGAAAUCAUGUAUCCUGCUGUCCCCAAGCAUAUCACAUACUGUGACGGCCAUCUACUAGUCUACUCGGAAACCCAUCUGGACAUCUUCAACACGCAAACCGCCGAAUGGGUGCAGUCAAUUGGUUUAAAACGUUCCCGUCCGCUAAUGAACAAUGGCAGCCUUACGCUAACCUACAUCAACGACGGCGUAAACGUCGUGUAUCUGGCCAACAUGCACACGAGAGAAUUGCUCAAUCUGUCCCCAUGUGAUCGCGAUGGUCGGUUGAAAUCGAAACGCUUUUCAUUGCGCGAACCCAACCGAACUAUUCGCACGAGCACCGAUCGUCGCUCGAAGCUUAUCUCCGCGCCCACUAACUUCAACCAUAUCUCGCACAUGGGCCCUGGCGAUGGCAUCCAGAAACAACGGCUGCUCGAUCUACCAACCACGAUCGAAACGGCCGACCAGAGUACGCAACAGCAACGGAUUUCAACGAUGCGGCAUGCUCCGCCACCACCCCGUGCGCCUCCGCGUCCCUCGAUGAUCCACCAACUGAACGGAUCGAACAACUCUCUACCAGGUGCAAAGCGUACGGCACCAGCCAGACCGCGCGAUCAGCCACCGUCGUUACCACGCUCACCUAGUCCGUUGGGAAGCAUGUCCUCUCUGCACGAUGUUCUAAAGGUUUCGGUCGCCGAUAUGCAGUCGGAAUCCAGGCAAAGUGUGGCGAGCAACAAUUCCAGCUCCGUAUCGACGCCACCCUCCCCGACGAAUGAUCGGUUAAGUUCAAGCUACGAUUCAUAAUGUUUCCUGAAAUACUUCACCAAAUUGCUAACCAUCCGCUCGGCGCUGGAACACAGCGGACGGACGUUCUGCCUGAAGGGGGGACCGUCAGCGUCGUCUCGUCGGUCCGGUCACGUCACAGGCCCGAACGAUGACGACGACAACCCAGCGGACGCUUAGCAGCUAAGAGUGUUUUUCCCAUUCUUUUUGUUUUGUUUUGUGUUGUUAAUGUUUCAUUGUAAGAAAUGCGCCAUAUAUCGUUACAUUAUUUUGCUCCCCGCCCGCGAAAGCACCACUGACUCCCGUAGCCCGGUGUUUGCAGUCACGCCGUUUCUUUUCCACGUCAAGUGCUUCGCUAUACUUAUGCGCGUGAUUGUGUGGUUUCCUCCCCGUUAGAAAGACGGUGCUGAGUAAUGAUCGAUGAUCUCUUUCUCUCUUCCCCUAUCUUAUCUCGCUACGCGUGGAAGACGUGCCUGCAUGACUGUGUGGCAUGACUGUAGCGUACUAUAAAUUCGUUUUUAAGGUAGUACAUGUUUCAUCCAUCUUCUCGCACCGCGCUGGGGACUACGUAGCACCCGUCUUGUGACAAGUGAACACAUUCAGGCAACUGUAUCAAUUAUGGCAAGCAAACGAACGAAACGGUCGAUCGUACGAUCAAGGUUGUAGUGGGGGGGUAAAGCAACAAACUUACAAAACCAAUCAGUUGGUGUGAUUUAUAUCUAAAAGUAGAAGAGAGGAUAUGUGCGGCUUUAGUGGGGUGUCGUUCGACCGUGUCCCGUUGCGUCUUUCGGGUGCGUGUUCGUGUGUGUGCGUGUGCGUGUGCAAUAGAAAGUAUGCAAGCGAGUCGAUGCUGUUACAUGCAAAUGGGAAUGGAUCUGUCGCUGGAAUCAUCAUCAUCGCCCGUUACCAUUAUAAUGUCAUUUAAGAAAGCUAAUGUAGCGAAGGAAGGAGACACGUUUACCACGUAGUUGUACUAUUGCCAUUAAAUCUACUCUCUAUAACGAAAAACAAAAACAAAAACAAACAAAAACUAUCACAUAUAUUCCUGCCCGAGUCAUCGGUAUUUGCUAUUCAUUCCUAUAGCCUACACACAACAUUAACAUUAUGUAAAAAGUAUCGCAACCGGUAAUAAUGCUAGGCACACGCGCAAGGGUUUCCCGGCACUGAUCUUACCGACUUUGCCAGAGAGUGAGAGAGAGUGUGUGUGUGAAAACAGCAAGGCAAAGGCACUCUCUCAUACUGUAACUGUAAUAGUUCUUGUUCCAUCGCGUUACUCUCCUCUAUCCUAUCGACUCGGUUCACUAGUGUUUUUUGCUAAAACUUAAAAUCAUCGAAAUAUCCUAAACAACGACCACAUCUCUCGUGGAGGCGGAGGAAGGAGCAGCUGCAUCGAUUGUUCCAUAGUCUAUGCUACUUACAGUCACGAUACUGAAACUCGUUAAACGCCGCUUCUAACGGCGCACACUACCAUAAGAAAUGUACGAAUGGGCGUAGUAAGUGAUCGAUCCCGUUCUGGUGGAUCGUACCGCGUGUGUGUGUGUACCGCACAUGUGCGCACGCAUCGUUCGCGGAAGGGAGUGCGGGAGUGUAGUGGUGAAACACGUGGUGUAAGAGCUGUAGAUAAUAUACACACACUCAGAUGGUGCUUCCAAAAAGAAAGAAAAAAACGUAGCAGUUGCAAAAUUAGCCUGUAAGGAUAACCACAUUUGCUCGACGAUUCGCACCCAUGCAUACACACACACACGCACUACCACAAGCGAACAGGCGAAGGAAGGCGAGGCACAGGCCCGCAAACGUGUCAAUAUACAAACGUGAAUUUAGAAGUGAAUCCGUGAGCAAAUUACAACUUGAAAUCAAAUUAUACAUACCUUCAGAACGUUUACAUACACAAAUCUAGCAGCAUUACAAGGGAAAAGCGAAAAGCGCCCAUAACGAUAAUUGGGGUGAAUGACGCCGCAAUACUCCUCGCGUUUACGCAAGCGCGGCUGAACAAAGACAGAGUACUAACCGAGACGGCCGGGAGAAAGGGAGAGCGAAAAAAGAAAAACCACGAGGACAAUAUUUAGUAUUUUCAGUGCAGAUUAAUACUGCAUUUGUUGCGUAAUGUGUAACAAUAAAGGGAAAAAGGCCUGGAAUGAGGCAACGGGGAGGCGGAUGGUGGGUACUAGAAUGGCGCAACGCGAGGCUUGGCUUGCCGAAUGGGCUACUACACCCUGGUAGAGCGUGUAUUUUGAAUGGCGAUCGUGUAGUUAUGUACGUUUAAAAUAUCGAUCAUCAACCAUAACGAGUUCACACACACACACACGCGCAUGCAUGCAUACAUUAGCUAACGUUUACAUUGUACGGUUUACCCACUUACUGCUGCAGCCUGCGGGGAAUGCAACACCUCUCUAACUACUAUAUAGUAGGCUGGAUGGAGGCUGGUAGUGCAGAAAUUACUGUGCUGUCUCUUUUGCGGAACGGUUUUUAAUGUGUAACUUAACUAGUAGCCUUUGGUUUUAACUUCCUUUCCUUGGUUGAGUUUUAGCACGUGCGUGCGCGUUUCGGGUAGAUGAUCGAAACGCGACACAUUACAAUUUCGAAUUCGCGCCAUUCUAUCGUUCUUUUUUUACGAACACUCCCUCCUAUGUUUUCUUUUGUUUUAGUGCAAAUUCUUUCGUUUAAUUUAUUUCAUUGUGUAUCGAAAAGCUUCUAAAAUAAUCUUUAUUUAUGUGUAGUAGUCAAAAUAUGUGCCGCGCAUGACGAGAGGAAGAGAGAGAGAGAGAAAGGGAUUAUACUAAUUGUGUAUCAAAAGGGGCACGAUUUAACUGCAACUGUAAGUACACAAAUCUGCAUUUCGGACACACUGAUGGGUUUCUUUUCAACUUCAGUGAGUAAAAGAGGGCUCAGUGAUUAGAAUGCAAGGAGAGCAGACAGGAAGGAGUGAAUUAACGGUCUGAGUGGUAAACACGGCAGAUAGGAUGGACGGUAGGGAGGUCCUCCUCGUCCUGCGUAUAUACUAAUGCACAGUUUGUGCGAUGUAACAGCAAAGCAAAAUGUUUCACAAUCGAAAACGAAAAGCCCCACACACUCCCAAAGGAUGUAAAUGCGCAAAUUGAGGCGGCAAUAAACAACAAAAACAACCAGGCAACGAAUGGACGACUAAUAAUAAGGACGACAGAGCCUGCUAGAUGUUUUGCUUGUAUAGAAGAGCAUUGCAAAGAUGAUGUUGUGGAUACAGUUACAACAAAGUAAAAUACAACUCAAAACAACCAAACAGA